GAAGAAUAAUGUCCUAUUCACAUUUUUACGUACAGCCUACAUUUAUGGAAUCGUACUAUUAUAUUGCCGAUAAAUUAAAACACCAAGCACGUUUAAUAGAAAAGCAGCGUGCACAAGAACGUUAUAUUAGUCCUUCUCCAACUAAUUACCCAGUAAAAGUGGAUGUGAGAUCAAAUGUGGAAUUCGAUGCAGCGGAAGCAAUUGAAAUUAUUAUCGAUACAAUAGAGCAAGUAAUUGGCCCACACAGCGAUUAUAUUAAAGAACUUGCCCAGAAAUGGUCUGACAGGAUAAUUAAUUUGUCUUUUCAGCAUCUCCGACUUUGGCGAAAUCUCCGAUAUCAAGGUGUGUGUACCAUUUCUCAAAGGAGUCCUAACCAAUAUGUUGCAACCACGUUUUCUGGAGAUCCUGCGUCAAGAGGUGAAUGCUCCGUCAUAUGGCAUAACGGGAAUAUUUCUGUUCUGGCUAUGGUUCGAGGAUACAAGAAUUCCUGAACUAUAAAUGAGCAGGGAAAAACAAAACAAAACAAAACAAAAACUUGUUUCACAUAUAUAAACCUCAGUUAUUUUCGUCUUUUUUUUUUUUCUUACUACUCCACCUCAUACAUAUGAAACUACAUUUUUCUCUUUUGUUAUUAGUAGUUGAAUUUCAAAACCCAUCAACAAUGAAAGUUAUUCCAAAGUUCAUAGCAUUAGUAUUUGAUUAAUUCUUUUCUGGAAUCAUUUUUUUCUUUCAUGCUUUUUAAGUUGACAUCAAAUGAUGUAAUUUCUAUUUUUUUGUCUUUAAAUUUUCUUUUGUAUAGAUUGUUGAAAUAUAUUCAAUAAUAUUAUGAUUAAAUUGCCAAGUUUUAAUCUAUUUUAUUCCAUCAGAAAAUACAAGUCGAUAUUUUAAGUGUUUGCAUUUUGUUUUAUCUGAUCUACUUAAGUGUUGGUUUAAAUAUUCAUACAAUUUCACAUAGCUUUUAUAAUCAGUGCUGGCUUGAUUACUAAAAUAGCAUUGUCAUUUAAUAGUGUAGUUAUUGCUACAAAUAAAGGAAUUUAAUACAGGAGAUAUUUCUUGUUGCAAUUGGAUCACAAACCUCAGAAUUUUUUUAAUUAACCAAACAGAUAAGAUUUGAUGGUUACUUAUAUAUGAAAUUGCUGUAUAUUUUCCCAUUUAUAACGACGAUGACUACAGGUUUCACAAUGAAGAUCAAAAUAUUUACUUUAUAUCAAUGACAUUAAAGUAUUGUGUAAUUAAAAAAAAAAUUUCAACCCUCUUUUUGAUAAGGGUGAGGGGGUUCUUACAAACCGUCUGUUUUUGUAAAUGUAUUUCAGAUUAAUUUGUGAUGGCUAUUCCUGCCAUAGUAUUUGAUCAGUAAAGUUCAAUAAAUUUGAUUUAAAAUUACCUGUGGCUAUUUACUUCUAAUCUUUAAUUGUUUAUAGAGAUUAAUCGGUUAAUGGUGCUAAAUAUAUAUUUUUUUUAUCAUAUCAGUAAUUGAAUUGACUUAAGUGCUCUGGGCAAGGAUCUAUGUUAAAAGUGUUUCAACUGUGAUUAUUUCUUUUCGUUUGUAUCUUUAGGAUAACCUUAUCUAAUGUGUUCUUUUUAAGUGAUUUGGGAGACAUUAUGCUUCUAUUCUUGUUGAUUGAGCAACUGCGUAGCCACUUCCCCCCCAUUUGCUCAGUAUUAAAUGCUAGUGGAUGCUGUAAUGUUUUAUUAGCAAGCAUACACAGUUGAAAUAUUAGUGAAGAGCAGGAUGCUGCAAAUAAUACUGUUGAGCAUUGUAAAGGUUUGUUCCCUGCAAGAACACCUUUGUCGUAACCACUGAUGAGAUGUAACUGGUUUGAUCCUUUUCUUUAGAAAUUUUAGUCUUUAUCCACAUGGAAAAGGUAAUAGUGAAACCACAUAUUGAAUACUACCUAGUUUUGACAGGAAACUAAGAAAAAACUUAUAACUUUACACUGUUAUAAGAGAACAGUGUAAAGUUAUUGAUUUCACAACUAUGCAAAAACAUCUGCAUUAACUGAAUUAUCAGUGGUUAAUUUGAAAGUCUUAGGCGAACUUUCUAAGGUAAAUUUUGAUAACAUUUAGAAUCAAGAUUUGAAUAGUUUUACUAAACUUAACUUUGGCAAAUUUUUGGACUGUAUUUUAAUCUAAAGCUGUUUCAAGGAUGCAUAAUUAAUUCUAACAUGACUAGCUUUCUCGUUAGCCAGUAAAUGUUUUAUGUAGUGAUUUGUAUACGAAAACAUUUUUUUGGUUUAGUUCAGAACAUUUGGGUUCCAUCACUGAGGAGGCCAAAUUAAGUCAAUUCUUUUGGGUGCCUUUUUAUAAAUAGCCAGACUGGUGCAUAAUGGCGGGAAAAUGCUUUGACAGUAGGGUACCAUCGAAAUGUGAACACAAAUGAAAUAAAUCAAGUUUAGAUGCGUUUUUUUUUUUUUUUUUUUUUUUGUACCUUGAACUAUUGGUGAACCAAUGUGUUGUCUACUUCUCUUUUUACUGGUUUCAGUCAUUUAACUGUGGCCAUGCUGGAGCACUGCUUUUUUAGUUGAACAAAUCAACCCCAGAACUUAUUUGUAAGCCUAGUACUUAUUUUAUUGGUCUCUUUUACUGAACUGCAAAGUUGUGUGGAUGUAAACGCACCAUUGGUCAUCAAUGUUGGGUGGGGGGUGCAUACACAAAUACAUACAUCCCUCACCAUAUCGUGGUUUAUUUAAGCUUAUGUAUAUUGUUGAUCUUGAUCUAUGAACAGUCUGUUGAAUUAGAGGAAAAGUGGGAAAGAAAACUACUUCCAUUUAGGAAGUGGCCAAUCUUGAUGUGUGGCAAGGGGGUAGUAAGAAACUGUACUGAGUGUAAGGCCGCUAGCUAGCAGAAACAUUAGCACACCAGGCGAAAUGCUUAGUGGUAUUUCGUCUGCCAUUAUGUUCUGAAUUGAAAUUCCACCGAACUCGACUUUGCCUUUCAUCCUUUCAGGGUCAAUAAAUUAAGUACCAGUUACGCACUGGGGUCGAUGUAAUUGACCUAAUCCCUGUCUGUCCUUGUUUGUCCCCUCUAUGUUUAACCCCUUGUGGGCAAUAAAGAAAUAAGAAACAGUACUGAGUGCUCAAUGCAAUCCAUGGGUGCAUGAAAAUGCCCUUCAAAAGAACAGGCAGUCCAAAGACAGGAAGAAUUUCAUAUGUACUACAUGCACAAAAGUAGUAAGCAAUAAGUUCACUCCAAAAAAAAAAAAAAAUGAAAUCUAUCAACUGCCUAGCAGACUUGCUUAAAGUAGUCAAGUUUCAUGAUUUGAUGGACUUAAUCAGCAGUAGAGGUGACUGUGAUGAAAGCAUAUCAUACUCUGAAUAGUGGAAAUAGUUCAAGGAAUUAUUGCCUGUGUUGAUAAUAAUUUCUUGUUUACAUAAUAUGAUGCUAUAUUAUAGUAAGACAUAAAUGUUGAAUAUGUGGAGACUGGAAAGAAAUAAAGUCAACAGGCUCUGCUGGAUGCAUAUAAACAGGUGAGCUGAGAGGGAAACUGUGCAGAAGAAGAAUCAGAUAGAAUGUGCAAGAGAGAUUGCACUUAUGGAUAUGAUAAUGUUGGUAAUGGCAGUUGAUCUUUCAAUUGAACCAAUUUGACUGUUUCCCAUGAUUCUUCAAAUAUUGAUUGUAUCAGUCAGUUGAAACUGCUGACAGAAGUGUCCCUGUUUUUUUGUGAUGGGGUAGGAUUUGAACUGAGAAUGCAGAGCUGGAACAGAUCCAGCAUUCUGUCUGAUGUUCUAACAAUUC